UAAUAGUAGUUGAUUUCGAUAGCUGAUUCAAAAUGGCAUCGCCUGCACUUAAAGACCUCCCAAAAGUAGCUGAGAACUUAAAAAGUCAACUUGAAGGCUUUAAUACUGAUAAAUUAAAGAAUGCUAGUACAGCCGAAAAAAUUGUGCUUCCCACAGCUGAAGAUGUGGCUGCAGAGAAAACUCAGCAAUCCCUAAUUUCUGGAAUUGCAGCUUUUAAUCCAUCCAAUUUGAAGCACACCGAAACUAAUGAAAAAAAUCCCUUGCCCGAUAAGGAAGCAAUCGAAAUGGAAAAAGAGAAGAAUCAACUCAUUUCUGGCAUUGAAAAUUUCGAUUCUAAGAAAUUAAAACAUACUGAAACAUGUGAAAAAAAUCCUUUACCCACUAAGGAAGUAAUUGAAGAAGAAAAGAAAGCCUAAAAGGGGUCCAGGAAGCAUUCAAUUACAUUAUUUGAAUGCUUAUUUUUUUUACUCAUUCCUAAUAUAUAAUAUUAUUGAAAGAGAUACUACUUUGUGAGAAUUUUAUAAUUUUACAUAUUUAUAAUAAAUGAUAAAAAAUAAAUGGCGAUUGCGUUUUUAUUGAUCUGACCUUAAUUAUGUAUAAUAGUAUUAUUGUCCAUUUCUACAAGCCUAUAUGUUGAAAAAAUCUUUAUAAAUUUAUAUCUAAAGGAUACAACAUAAUAUUAAAAGAAAUCGCUUUGAAAUUUCUAGAACUAGACUGCUAAACCAUGGAGAGGAUUGAAAAUAUAUUGUUACAGAAAGAAUUCGUAAAGAGAACAAGUCUCAAAAUUUGAAUUCUUAUAUUUUCUUUGAGAGCAGUGCCAUAUAACCCACGAUAAAUAUAGCUUGAAAGUGCGACCGUCGAUAACCAUAUAAAUAAUGAAGGAAUAUCUAAAUUUCUUUACUGUGGCAAAACCACUUUAAAAUAUAGUUGUGUAUUGAACUCGUAAGCUCUUAAAUAGAUAUUUUACAGUUUUUAGCCAUAAGAAAGUUAAUUCAAUGAUAUUUAAUUUGCGCGAGGGUUACCAAGUACUACAAUAGCAGGCAACGAGCUCGAGCUGUCUCGAGAGACCCGCGUGACCCUGGCACAACUUAGGUCUGGAUAUUGUAGCAG